AUGGCUUCACCACAGGAUGCAACCGUUACCGGUUCUACCGAGAACCCUGGUGUCAUUGGAAACAUAUGUCAAACGGUUACUAGCACUUUCACUGGCGCCAAAGAUGCUGUGAUGGGAAAAGCUCCUGAAGUCCCCAAGAAGGAGACUACAUUGAUGGGGCAGGUGGGUGAGUACACAAACCUUGCUGGACAGAAAACAAAAGAAGCUGCUGAUGCCACUGGACAGAAGGCCAUCGAAACAAAAGAUUUUAUUGUUGAGAAGGCCAUCGCAGCAAAAGAUUUCACGGCUCAGAAGGCACAAGAAGCGCACGAGGCAACAUUGGGGAAGAAGGUGUAG